GUCAGGACUAGUCGAUAAACCAGUUUUUCUUCUCUGACAUCACACAAAAAAACAGCUAGCUGCCACUAUGUGCGAUAGUCUUGUUGUUUUUAGACUCUCCACACGUUUUUGAACAGAGUUUGCAGGAGUUACUGAGAGAUUUUGGACAAGAGACCUGUUUUUGCAAGACUGAGGAAAAUUGGGCAAGGAGUCACCAAAAAAAGGAGACACCACCACCACUACAUAUUAUUGAUCCCUCUGGAUCUCUAGUCACAAAUAAUGAUGAGGAAAACAGGUGCCUUUCUAACUGUAGUGGCUACGAUGGGUUUUUGCUAUCUCUAUCUGUACAAGAGAUUUGAACCUGAACAUGUGCAUCAUCCCAGAGGGAAUUCUGAACAAAAUCUGUGUGCAGCCAAUGAUCGCUGUGACCACGGAUUCUGUAUCGUGAGGUUUGACAGACCCAUCUGUAUAUGUGAUGAAGGGUGGUCUGGACCUACCUGCUCUUGGGAGUUGAACGAAUGCAACUCGAAUCCCUGCCAUCAUGGCAAGUGUUUUGACGGUGUGAACAGCUACACCUGUGAGUGUCAAGAAGGAUGGAUAGGAACCAACUGUGAGAAAGAUAUCAACCAAAAAGAAGAUCCCCCUGUCAAGCUUGCACCAGUAGCUGAAAGUGAGGAGAGUGAUGAGGAUGAAGAUGUGGAGCAUGUACAGGCCAAGAGGAUGUCGGUGUUGAACGACUACUGCAAAAGAUAUCCAGAGAAAAGCAAUGAAUAUCCAUCGAAGCACACCCUCGGUCAACUGAUCGUUAAUGACAAGUACAACAUCCUGUACUGUUUCGUCCCCAAAACCGGCUGCACCACCACCAAACUGGUGUUCUACAACCUGGAGAUGGGGACUAACCACACACUUAACACUGUGGAGGUCCACAAGUACAACUUCACCUUCCUGGACCAGUACUCGAGUGAAGAGAUCGAGCAUCGACUCAGGAACUACUACAAGUUCAUUGUCGUGAGAGACCCACUGGAAAGAUUGCUGUCUGCUUGGAGAGAUAAGUUUGUGCACGGACGAGACCUUCUGACAGAGAAGUUCCAGGACAUGUGGAGCACCAUCGAAAACAAGACUGAUGAGUAUGACGCCAUCAGAGACGUCCCGUUUAAAGCCUUCCUGAAGGCCGUGUCCAUGGACAAGAAGAAGUGGCACAAUGCACACUGGGAACCCGCAUACAAGCUGUGCAGCCCUUGUCAGGUUAAGUUCGAUUUCGUUGCCCACACUGACACCCUGGCUGAAGACUUCCCCCUGUUCUUCCAAAAAGUGGGCAUCACCGGAAAAGACAGUUUCCUUCCCCAGAAAAAACAGACCCGAGGCGGGAAGUUCCUAGCUGAGGACUACAAAGUGAUCCCACUAGAUGACAUGCGAGUGAUCUGGAGCAUGUUCAAACCUGACUUCGACAUGUUUGGGUACUCGUUCGAAGAUGACAUCAACGGACUGUUGCGAACUAAGCCUAUGGACACAAAAUAAGAAAGAGAAAUUCUACACAAUCAUGUACUUGUGUUAUUCUUAUGGACAGACUGUUACAGACUAUGUCUAAGAACACAAAAUAAGAAAGAGAGUUUUUUGGGGCAUCAGACAAUAAGAUUUGACACAUUCUACAUGAUUGUAUUUUUUUUUACGAACGGACUGUUUUGGACUAUGUCUAAGAACACAAAAUAAGAAAGAGAAAAAGUUUUUUGGCAUCAGACAAUAGGAUUUACAUAAUUAUGUACAUAUUUUGUUAGGAAUUUUACACAUGUAUGUGUGUUUUUUAUGAAUAGACUGUUGAGAACUAUAUGUCUAAGAACACAAACUAAAAAAGUGUUUUUUUGGCAUCAGACAAUAAGAUUCUGAACAUGUAUUGUGUGUGUUUUUUAUGAAUUUUUGCAUCUUGAUACAAAACAAAUAGAAAACAUUAAUUACUGUAUACAGCUCGAACAUGUGUAAGAAUUAAGUCAUCAAUGUUUUUAUCUUACGUUUGUUAAAGAUAAAGCUACCACAGCAAUCAUAAUAUAUUGCAAAUAUUUUAGAUGACAUGGGUUCAGACAUUGUCAUAUAAAGUGUCUUAGUAUUAUAAAUAUUUUGUUCAGAUAAUUCAUGGGAACAUAGGGGUUCGGUGCUAUUUUGGCAAAUCUGUAGUUUAAACGUUGUAUUUAUACAUACAUGUUACCAUGUAUAAUAUGUUGGUUCUUUUUUAUGAUAAUUAUGUUUGUGUGUAUAUCUGCAUUUGUUAUAUAGUUUUCUUUUUUUUACAUUUGGACACAGGUAUCAAUUUCUGAAGAUGUUUCGUUUUAUGUUAUUUUUGAACUGUCUUCUACAAUGUAGAAAUAUGUAGAUUGAUUUGAGUUAAACUUUAUAACAAUACCUACAAGUAGAUACUUAAAAAUAAGAUUUGAAUUUGAAUUUUAUUAUGCUCCCUUUGACUAAGUUGUAUAGAGCAUUGUUACAUACUCGCAGAAAUACACUUCUUUCACACUAACAUUUACACUUUUUAAACUUGUACAUUCAAUAAAUCUACCGUGGCUGUA